AUGAAUUUCGCAGGAUACUCCUACGAACCGUAUCGCGUUCCCUCCCGAAUCGUCACUCUGAUGCUGCUGAUCGCUGCCCUCAACUUGUACGCUUCUUACACGGCCAACAUCGUCGCUCUGCUCCAAUCGACCACCGACUCCAUCAAAACUCCCGCCGACCUGUUACACAGUCCGUUGAAAUUGGGGGCUCAAGACGUGGUCUACAGUCGGCAUUACUUCAAGGGCCAGAACGGCUCGUGGAUGACGGUGCAGGAAGGAGUUCGUCGCGUCAGGGACGAGCUGUUUGCGUUCCACGCGGAGCGGGGCGCCUUUUACAAGAUAGUGCAAGAGACCUAUCUGGAGGAAGAGAAGUGCGGUAUCAUGGAGAUCGACGUGCUGAACAUGUUGUAUCCGCUUCUGGUGAUGCAAACUCGGUCGCCGUACUUGGAGAUCGUGAAGAACGCAGCUUUGGUGGUGAGCGAGACCGGUCUGCAAACUCGCGAGGACAGCCGACUGUACACGAAGAAGCCCGAGUGCCACGGACGGACGAGCUUCGUCAGGAUAGGUCUCACCGAGUGCUACUUCGCGUUGGUCGCCGUAGGCUACGGUGUGCUUCUCAGUCUCGUCGUACUGGCGGCCGAGUUUCUCUGGUGCCGGAUCGAAGGCUCGAUCGACCGGCGUUUAACCGAGGACAACGCGAUGGCACGCAGUGAAGAAGAAACCGAUCCGUUCGAACGUGAAGUGGAGGUGAGCGAGCCGAGUGCAAUCGACUCGGGGAAUGUUUGCAAACGCGUUAAGCGCUCAACGGUAGAAAGUGUUGAUAGUAAUUUUUGCAUGAGGUCGAGUGUGCACUCGGGUAGAUCUUCGACGCACUUGGCAGGAUUGCCGGCGAAACGUGUGAACGAGGGGAUCACCGUCUCCGGUGGAACAACCGCCCCAUCCUCGAUGUAG